AGUACUUAAGUGAAGUGGUGAAAUUUCGUGAUCCACCACCUUCUCGAAACCUCCUCCCCUCGUUUUCCAAAUUGUAUACUGUUUAAAAAAAAUUGUGUGGGGCCCGGGGCGGAAAGACCGAGCCUUAUUAUCUGGUGCUACUUCGACGGUGUCAACGAAACAAAGAAGUUUUCAACCGUGUGUAGGAGAAAUGAAUCACCUUAGCAACGUUCUGAUUAGGAAACGCCGAUUCAAGAAGAUGAAGAGGAGGAAUACCAAAGACAUGGAGUCAAAACUUCAAAAGUUGAGAGAGGAGAUGCAAGAAAUUGGUGCUGAACAAAGAAGUAUAAGGGAAGGACAAAGAAAAGUUCGAGAGAAAUUUGAAGCCAUUGAAGCCGAGUGCCAAACGCUUAAGAGAGAAACAAGGCUUGUCAUCCAGCAGAGCGCUAAAAAUAAAAUUCGUCUGGCUAUCAUGUUUAGAAUUUUUAAGGCACGCGAAGAAGGCGACUUUGCAAAGGCAACCGAACUCACUAGGUUACUCCGGGAAAUGGUUGUGAGGGAUAAUAUGUUAAUGAGGGCACCAGCAAGUGAUGAAUGAAAGUGCAGAUCGAGGUUAAGAAUGUUUUCUAUAAGGAGGACUUGCAAGGUUGCUUUGUGCGGAGGAUGAAGUAGAAAGUUUUUAAAACAGCGGACUUGCGACCAUUUUAUGCUUUGUCAAAUUUUACCGUUGCCCUCCAAAUUUCCCGUUGUUAAAAAAAGCCUUGUUCUCGCUAGGAGUGGCUUUGGUCAUGCCUCUUGUGGAUUGUAAUCAUGUUUUAUACUUGUACGUUAGGUGAUUCUGAUGAUUAUGGCGUGUAACAGAAAAUAAUAACAAUUAUGGUUUUGA